GCUUUGAUAAGGCCCAAAAUACCUAGCAGCACCCCGGAUAACCUCUGACCACAGCAAGGCUGGAUCCUGGUCUAGUGUUUGUGAGAAUAUUUUUGAGGGGAGCCCUUUCCAGUAACCACAAGGGAAGACUUUGCGGGCUUGGCUGCAGAAUAUUCUGGAAAUAAGGCCAAGCCGCAACAGCAAAGCUGUAACCUGAACAGCUUCUCAAAAUGAGCGAAGACUGCAGCCCAUGGAUAAUAUACGGAAGAUUCAUAAUCGGAUUGACAUUCCGGCUCUGUGCAGACGUGCAGCCACUGGGACCGAGGAACCACAGCAAAUGAGGCGAGAUCCGUUCAUCUAUUCUAAAGCAUUCAAGCUCAGUACUGACAAAUUUAGACGUACACGGAAUCUGACUAAGUACAGUAAGUAUGUUUUUGCAGUCGGCUCGGGUAUCUUAGAGUGAAAUUAUUGCAUCUAGUAUUGCUGGUAGUGCUGCUCCCCCCGCACUCCAUGCCCCACCCUCAAAGGGAUGUUUAGCUUAUUCAGUAACUGUAGGUGCAUUAUUAUUUUUUUUAUUCACAAAAGUGGCAAGAGGAAACUAACAGAAAUGGAUCAGCUACAUGGUGGGGGGGGGGCAGGUAGCCUCAGAAACCACCAAAAACUCCCCCGAGUUAAACCCUGAGUGUAGCUGGGCUUGCGGGUUCAUAUGGCGCUUGCAUGCCCACCUCCUGUUGUGUCUAUGACAGGCUGCUUGGUGCCUUUAAAUCGCCCAUAGCACGUGACUAUGAGUGUACGUGUGCCCUGUACUGUCCCCCCCCUCCGGGCGGCACUACAGCCUUGUGCCCUUUGCUAUCUGGGAUAAUCACUCCUGCAACUCCGACCAGGAUAAGAGGAUAGGUGGUUCAAAAAUAGAUUAACAGUGGUAAAGAAAACACAGCAAAUACAAACACCGCCAUUACCUUUAUGAAGUAUCUCUCAUUAUUGUUUUUCUUCUGCCCCCCCCCCAAGACUCCCAGAGGGCUUUCGAUGUCGGCAUUGUACACUCGCCAGGCGGUUUCCUGCAGAGCGGCAUUUUACACGAACCCCCCCGGGCUUCCCACCUCUGAGCUCGAAGCUCCCUGAAUUCUAACCAUGACCAAAGGAAGCGCUCCUAACAUCUGCAGUUGCAGGGAGUGCCAUCGGGAACAGCUGCCUUUACUUUAUUAUGAAAUCUGGAGGUUUUGGGGUUAGAUUGAGUGAAUAAAUCUCAUCUCUUUCUCUGACACUGGGUAAUCUCACAGUUGGGUAAUUUACAAAUCGACAUUCAGAGCAUCUCUUUUUUGUUGCUCACUCCACUUUCCGUUUCUCGCGGUAUGUAAGCAGGCAUAUUGCGGGCAGUUACUGUCAAAACGAUUUUUUUGAAGGCUACUUAAAUAAAAUUUUAAAAAGAAUUAUUAUUCACAAAUUAGCAAAAUCCUGUAAAAUGGAUCAACUAAAACCGAACAGGAUAAUAAGCCUGUAUUAUUAUUAAGUCAUGAAGCAGUAGUAUUGUAAGAGCCUUCGUCUGGGUGUAGUUAAUCCAAGUCACCAUUCAGGAAAGACUGCAGCAGCCGGGGUGAACAUCUGCGGCCAGGAGACGGACGCUUGGUCAGGACGCGGUGGGUGGCAGCAGGAGGACUUCAUCAUGUUCUAAACAUAAAACAACCGGGGGGGGGCGUGCUCGGUACUGAACACAGGCAGCCGAGCAUAAGAAGCGUUUCGUUUCCCAAAUACGCGGACACAAGAAAACAGCGUUAAUGUCACCAGUUUCCCCGAUAACUGCAUUCUGAACUGCAAUCAUUUUUUCCCAGUAUGUCGGAUAAUUCAUUUAUAGGGAUUCAGAUCCAUAGCAUUCGAAGACGCGCGCUAUGCUUUGUAUAUCGAAUGUGUAUAUCGCGCGCGUACACGUGUCCGUAAACAUCCUAUAACAGCAGUAAAUCUUGAUUUAGCUUGUGUCCUUCUUACCAAAUUAAAUCGAUGCCCCAGGUUUUUGUGCCAACCUUCCGAUUUUGAGGUCUGACAGUUUGUACAGCUAAACUGCGCUUACUUGCACUUAAUUCUACCUACAUUCUGUAAAUAUCCUUUACAAAAUACAUUUUAUCAAAAGUCUGCAGAAAGUUCCACGAAAUAAUUAAUCUCAUCGUUUGAAGAGCGGUCUUUCAAAACAUCGUUUCAAGCAUUAAGUCCUUCAUUCUUAAGCUACUAAAGCUCUAUAGCAAGGACGAGCUUAGUAUUGCUGGCAGCAGUCCCGGGGCUUCAGUGCGAGUAGGACGCGUGUAACUCAAAACCAGCAGCUGCCUUCCCUCCAAGCUAGAGCAACGAGCGGUGAAAGUCCGGCCUCCAGGGUCCAGCUCCAGGCUGCCAGUGAGAGGAGAGCAAUCGGCUGGACAGGAGUGUGCAGCUGGAGCGGAUGCUUCUGCUCAGGUAAUGUCACCCGAAACUGUCCGAAACUCCGGAUGCUUACGGUGUGCGCAAGGCUGCCUCUCUCCCCUGCCUGCAAGACACAGGAGAUGCCGUAUUGCAUAGCAGUAAGUGCUGAGAGCUUCCAUUUGGCGAAUGCAGAUGGUGUUUCUGGGUCUUUUUUUAGUAGGGGUGAAAAAGCGCGUUAUUGUUUCUUUGCAAGUAGGGAACAUCUGUCGGGAAGUGAGAUAUAAAAGCCCCGAACAGCAUCCGAGAUUAUUAACGUAUGUAAAAUCUCUGGCAGAAGGCAUCGAAGACAUUAAGCUAGUCGGCGUUAAAGGUUUUCAUGUGAGGUAAAACAGCAGAUGCAUGGUAAUUAUAAGGUUAAGACAUGCGGUGAGUACUUCAAGAUGGACUGAAAAUCUUCCCGUGGCGGAUCUGUGCAUUAAAUAGUAAAGAAACACAAGGAAUGCAACUACAUUAAUCUUUUGUUCUGUGUCUUUUCAGUUGUUCACAAUUUUUGAAGUGAUUAGGGGGUGGGAGUUUUGAUAGACUGACUGAUCGUGACCGGCACUCUUCUUUGUAGACAGUCCAAAUGUUUCCGAUUAAGUAGAGAGGCUGUGCAAGUUUUUUUCUCUCUCUCUCUCUCUCCCCCAAGUUUUACCGCUUGUAUAGAGCUGUUCCAGUCUAACAGUCUACACAGCUCGCUGGCGUGCAUCAGCACUGUAAUACAGCUCUUACAUUUUGACUUGAUUUGGUUUUGUGCUGUUUCCUGAGAAUGUGGCGAGAAUCUCCCUGACUCUCUGCAGUCCAGGGCCAGAAGGUCUGAUCUUCAGGGACCUACAUCUGCUGCAGCCCUGUAUCCUCCACGGUAUAACUUACUGUUACCGUAGCGCUGCCCCUAAGCAGAAGCCUCUUACUACUGUAACCCUCCCUCCUCUACAAUAAAUUCUGAAGUUCAUUCCUCCUUCCUGUAUGACGUGUUCCACUUGGCAUUCUGCACACACACCUGUAGACGCUGUGGGAUCCUGGGAGCACGCUGCUGGCAUGUCUACUGCUACCUACUAGGGCCAGUGACCUCUGACUCAUUUGAGCGCUUAUAUUCUCUGCAGGACCCUUAUUGUAUAGAACAGCUGGAUUAGCGCAUUUGGUGAACUAAGGAACAUAGCAGUAAGGUCACUGGCUGCAUGUGGUGGUUGAAUGAUGUAACACUGUCUAUGAACGGAGCACUGGGGUAGUUUUACCCCCCGUGGAGAUGAGAUAAUUCCAUUGUGGGUCAGAGUGUUGUACAGUUGGAUAGGGGUAGUAAAGGUUUAGUGGGGAUGCAGGAAAUCCUGAGUCAGCCUGUGAGAGUAAUACACCCUCUGGCCGAGUCUGCAGUGACUGGGGACUCUGCUUGGCCGUUGUUUUUGGCUCUGCUGGUAAUCACCAUGAUUUUCUCCUUAGGGACUGAAGAACGAGCUCCAUUCCCACUCCACAGGCGUUUCCUUUCCUUAAGAUCGGCGGUCGCGGUCAAGGCCUGCGUUCAGGACCAGCAUGCGGGUGAUCGUGGCUGUCUUUGUCCUCCUGGCGUUUAGCUCUGUUCAGUCCAGAAGGACAGGGCAGAGGGGUAGGCGGGGCCGAGCUCGUGGCAGGGACAGGAUGGGGGCAAUCAAGCGCUUCGUGUCAGAGUGCGUGGAGUAUAUGGAGUCCAGAGAGAAAUACCUGGAUUGCCAGGACCUGCAGCUGACUAUAGUCCCCAUUGGCUGGUCCAGGGACACGUUCCACCUGCUUCUGGCCAGAAAUAGGAUUCAGGUGCUGCGGGAUAACGCCUUUGUACAGUUUCCGCACCUGAGGAGCCUGGAUCUGCAGCAGAACGAGCUGACAUGGAUUGAGAAGCAAGCCUUUGCUGGCCUUGACCAGCUGACCACGCUGCUCCUCCAGCGCAAUGGCCUGCACACACUCUCCGAAGAAGUGCUCCUUCCCAUGCCCCACCUGAGAUUCCUGCGUCUCUAUGACAACCCCUGGCACUGCAAUUGUUCACUCGACACCCUGGUCAGGACCUUGCAGGUGCCCAGCAACCGUUACCUGGGAAACUAUGCAAAGUGUGCCGAGCCCCCGAAGCUGAAGGGGGAGAAGCUGAAGAGGAUCAGGCCGGAGCUGCUGUGCCCUCAUUUGGAGGAGAACGUCCUCCAAGAGCCUCAAGAAGAUAAAGUGAAGAUAAAGCUUGAUGCCGUAGAUUCCUGCCACACCUACAUGUUCCCAACACCCCUGUUGGACUGUCAGAACCGAGGCCUAAGAAACGUUCCAGCAGGUAUCCCCCCAGAUAUAGUCAAGGCGGAUCUGUCCAGGAACAUGAUCAGACAUCUGAGGCCCAAUGAGUUUGUGACUGCCAAAGACCUGAGAUCGCUGAACCUCAGCGGCAACAGCCUAGAUGGCAUUGACAUUGCUGCUUUCAACGGCCUUCUGUACCUCCGGGAGCUGGACCUGUCAAACAACAGCCUUCACCACAUACAGUAUGGUGUCCUGGAGGAUCUCUACUUCAUCCGCCGGCUGGUGCUGGGGGGCAAUCCGUGGGCCCCGCCUGAAUUUGCUGACUGGACCGUGCGGGACUACGUCAGGACCUACAACGGGAAGUGUCCCGAAGACCAAAUGUCAGGCCAGGAUAACUUUGGAGAGGAGGUCCGGAGCGAGACGAUGGAGCAGGACAAUGGCAUUCUGCUUGGUCCUCGGAGAGGGAGGAAGACACUUAAAGGCAAGAGGUUAAGCUAAAUGACACUGACCGCAUUGCUCUUUUUUUGAACGACUUUUGUAUUUUUCAGGACUUCGCAGUUCAGUCUGUGUCAGAUGCUAAAGCCUUCGUUUGGUUCCUCACCAUGACAUCAUGGAGGAUGACGUCCGCACUUUCCUUCUGAAGUUAAUUCGUAUAAAAGGGACGGUUUUUAAAACUUUCCAUGGUUCUGCGUUUCCUUACAUCAUCCAAAGGAAGCCAAUUUAUGCUAUACACUGACGCACAAUGAAAUGCUGAAAAUAAAAAGUGAGAGUUGAAAAGGUCA